CGCUAACUGGAUGGAUCUCUUAUCUUAUCGGACCCCAUGCAUCAUGGAGAAAAGAAAUCGGUGGUGGAUUUGGGGACCUGGACGCGACGAAUUGAAACGUCUAGAAGCCAGCUGGAACCCCUCUAGAGAAGCUAAAGUCUACAUAGUAAACGUCCAAAUCCGAUCCUCCAACAGCUUCAACACCACCCAUCCGACCAACCCAACCAGUCAAGCCCUCAACAUGUCCGCCUUCCUCCGCCCCGUCUUUGGCGCCGCCGCCCGCCCGGCCGUCCGCUCUUUCAGCUCUACCUCCGCCCGCGGCGUGGCUCGCGUCCAGAUCAUCGGCAACCUUGCUGACACCCCCGAGGUCCGCGCUACCAGCACGGGCCGUGAGAUGAUCAAGUAUGCUGUCGCCAGCAACUCGGGUCCCCGUAGCGACCGCGUCACCAGCUGGUUUAACAUUACCAGCUUUGUCGAGGGCAAGGCGCGCGACUUCCUGUUGACCCUGCCCAAGGGAACCACCGUCUUCGUCGAGGGCGACAUGUCCCUGAGGAACUGGAGCGAUGAGGAGGGCCGCAACAGACAAGCCGUCAACAUCCUUCAACGCAACAUCGAGGUCCUCCGCCGUCCCUACACGGGACCCCGCGAGACCACCGAGACUGAGGCCGAGGCCGAGGGCGAGGCCCAGGAGCAGCAGUAAAGUUGGGCUGAGCUUGGCUUAUGGCCAAUCGACAGUUGCCGUUCGCUGAUGGCGUCGCUACUGUUACUGAGGGUUUCACGAAUGGGCUCGAUGGAGUCCGGUCGUUGUACGAUGGGCCAGGGGCAUGUACGCCAAAUAUGACUGUCGAUUACGAAUUACGAACUUUGGGUUUCAGCAGGACGCUGUGUAUAGCUUCGCGAAGCUGAGUUCUUUCCUUUAUACCCAUGUACCAUCAUCUAUCUCUCUUUCUUGGAAUUUGCAGAGCUUCCAUGUGUCGUAUGCAUAUUGAAGGUUGAUACUGUGACGUCUACCGUCUGAAACUCGCAGAAUUUCGCCAUAGACAAUGCAGGGUCAGAGGUAUCCAAC